CUCAGCCCACAAAAUAAAAGUCAACCAAAUAUUAAAAACUGGUUGAUCAUCAUCUACUACCUGCGGAAUAAACUUAUUCAAUUGAGCAAUUUAAUUAAAGAGUCAAAAUUUGGUCAGAUUUCUUACGUGACCGAGUGACUAUAAAUAUUAAUACGUGUUGGAGAGUUUAAAUUCUUGUCGUUAUAUUGAAAAGUCUAGUAAAACCGGAGGAUUCAUUAAAUGGCCGCCACUGACACUUGUGGGGAUGAAUCCCUUUAUCCCAUCGCCGUCCUGAUUGACGAACUGAGAAAUGAGGAUGUUCAGUUGCGCCUAAACUCGAUAAAAAAACUGUCAACGAUCGCCUUGGCCCUUGGAGUGGAGAGGACAAGAUCCGAACUCAUCCCGUUUCUGGCGGACACCAUUUAUGACGAGGACGAGGUGUUGUUAGCCCUUGCAGAACAGUUGGGAAACUUUACUCCUUUGGUGGGUGGACCAGAACAUGUCCAUUGCCUCUUGGCACCACUUGAGUCUUUGGCCACCGUGGAGGAAACCGUUGUUCGGGACAAAGCCGUUGAUUCUCUACGAAUUAUUUCCCAACAACAUUCAGUUGCCGAUUUAGAAGGACAUUUUGUUCCCCUGGUCAAGCGAUUGGCGUCUGGCGAUUGGUUUACUUCAAGAACAUCGGCUUGUGGGCUGUUUUCAGUGUGUUACGCCAGAGUUUCGCCAACAAUUCGAAGUGACUUGAGAAGCCACUUUAGAAGUCUGUGCCAGGAUGACACCCCAAUGGUUCGUCGUGCUGCGGCAAGUAAAUUGGGAGAGUUGGCAAAAGUGGUGGAGGCAGAAUAUCUAAAAUCAGAUAUUAUUCCCAUGUUUAUCAACCUUGCGCAGGAUGAACAAGAUUCUGUUAGACUUUUAGCCGUGGAAGCGUGCGUUAGUAUAGCUUCUCUUCUCCCUCAAGAAGAUACGGAACAACUCCUCAUGCCUACUUUGAGGCAAUCAGCUGAAGAUAAAAGCUGGCGAGUGAGAUAUAUGGUCGCAGAUAAAUUUGUCGAUCUCCAAAAAGCUGUUGGCCCAGAAAUUACCAAAACGGAUUUGGUUCCUGCGUUUCAGUCCCUGUUGAAAGAUUGCGAGGCAGAAGUUAGGGCCGCAGCGUCCAACAAAGUGAAGGAAUUCUGUCAACUUUUAGACCCCAGCGUCCAAGAAGUGGUCAUCAUGAAUUCCAUUCUCCCCUGCGUGAAAGAAUUGGUAAACGACCCGAAUCAACACGUCAAGUCUGCUCUGGCGUCAGUUAUUAUGGGAUUGAGCCCCAUUUUGGGAAAGAACAACACUGUAGAACAUCUUUUACCACUUUUCCUAUCCCAACUUAAAGAUGAGUGUCCAGAAGUACGUUUGAAUAUCAUUUCAAAUUUGGAUUGCGUUAACGAGGUCAUUGGAAUACAACAGCUGUCCCAAUCCCUACUCCCCGCUAUUGUCGAGUUGGCUGAAGAUACGAAAUGGCGAGUUCGAUUAGCCAUCAUUGAAUACAUGCCACUUUUGGCUGGUCAAUUGGGUGUGGAAUUCUUUGAUGAAAAAUUAAAUACCUUGUGCAUGACGUGGUUAGUCGACCAUGUUUUUGCUAUCCGAGAAGCUGCUACCGUCAAUCUUAAGAAACUCGUCCAAAAAUUUGGAGCUGACUGGGCUGAAAAUACCGUUAUCCCAAAAGUAUUGGCUAUGGCUCGGGAUCCCAACUAUCUUCACAGAAUGACUUGUUUGUUUUGUAUUAACGUUCUUGCUGAAGCUUGCGGUCCAGAUAUCACUGCGAAACAAAUGCUACCUGUUGUGACGCAAAUGGGAAUCGACGGGGUGGCCAAUGUUAGAUUCAACGUUGCAAAGACUCUGCAAAAAAUUGGGCCAAUUUUUGAUAAAACGAUCGUUUCCACCAAUAUUAAGCCAGUGUUAGAUAAAUUAAAGGAAGAUCAGGACAUUGAUGUCAAGUACUUUGCAAACGAGGCUGCUACAGCUCUUGGGGCCUAAGUUGGACACCAGAUAUUUGUCAAAGGAAUAGGUACACUUAUAAUACCGUAAACUAAAAUCGUGAAAUAAUCAACUAUUUACCUAACCAACACAAACACCAACAACAUCCUCUUUGUUAGAUCUUUAACUAUUAAGCGAGGUAAUAAUAAUAAUCUACUCCAAGAAAAGUUGUUAAAUGCAGGCAGGGAUAAAUAUGCAUAAACAAAUGAAACUAAUUUGCAAGUGACAAAUUCCAAUUCUGUUAUUAUAAAUUAUUAAACAAUAGCCAUUAUGCUGUCAACUGAUAUAUAACUGUAAUUCACAUUUCAAUUUAUUUACAAAUACAUUAAUUAUUGAAGUACCAAAUGUAAUUCGAAAUGUUUUAUUUGUUGAUUUUACACAAGUAUCAAAAUUGUUUUUAUUUGGAUUAGUUUGCAUGCAUUAAUCCAACAAAGUUGUUUUUAAUUUGAAGAAGUUUAAAUCCUCUUCUCAAACCACUAAAUAUAUGCUCUAAAGCAUUUUUUGUUGGCAUUUUUACUACGUGGGCCCCUCUUAAAGUCAUAAUAGCAAUUGUUUUUUUUACUCUCCCCACAAUUUCGUCCACUGUUACUUGUUUACUUGAAUUCCAAUGCAUUUAUACAUAGACAAGUUAAGCAGCAAUGUUAUUGUACUAAUACUGUUGUCUAUGUUGUAGUAAUAUAACUGGGUGUCUGUAUCAUUACGAACGAUGACUGAUCUUAUAUAUGCAUCGCAUGGCAGUAUGUCAGGAUUUGUGAAAUAAUAAAUAAUCUGCUGAACGAAUAAAUCAAUACAUAUUUAAACAUUAAA